AUGGCUCAGCUACAGAUGACGUGCCACUGUGGCAACGUCAAGCACGACCUCACCGGCGCCGCAGACGCGGGCGACAUUGCGCUGUGCCACUGCUACGGCUGUCGGCACUCGACCGGACAGCUCUACGCUUCGUACUACAAACUCGAGCAGAAGAGCGCGCUGCCGCUGCUCUCCAGCUCAGCGCUCUCGAGGUACAAUUCCGCCGAACCACAGCAGGGAACUACACACCCUGCGGCGGUUUCGCUUUACUUUUGCUCGACCUGCGGAUGCCACGUCUUUCGGACCAUCGCUGGUCCCGAAGAGACGAGCAUUGAGGUCGCCACGGGGACGCUUACUGAUGGCAACGAGCUGUUCGCAGCCAAGUUUGCGUCUCACGUCGGUGUCGAUGAGACUCGGGACGGUGGCCUGGCAAAAUGGCUCGCUGAGCUGCCCAUCAACAAGGACGCCGAGACCCAGGCGAAGCACUAUUCGGCAGAGCCUGCGCCAAAGGCUCCCGAAAGGCAAGACACGCUGGAAGCGUCGUGCCUUUGCGGCGGCGUCGCCCUGCGCAUCACACGCCCCAAUGCCGAGAGCCUCAAGCCCCAUUCCGGUUUCGCCGACAUGAUCAUCCCAUUUCACACGGGCGAUCCGGCUAUCAAGAAUCCAGAGGACGUCAAGUGGUGGCUGCGCGAGAACGGCACCAAGUACAUGGCCGGGCUGUGCGCCUGCCAAACCUGUCGACUCGUGUCGGGCUUCGAGCUGCAGUCCUGGGCGUUUGUCCCGCGGACUAACAUUGAGUAUCGCGCUGGUACGGAUGGAAACAGCGCCGUUUGGAAGGUCCUCGAUUUCGAAGGGCUGCGAGCGACGGGAACGCUGCGCGGGUACGAGUCCUCACCGGGGGUGAUGCGCGAGUUUUGUGGCGGCUGCGGCGCGACGGUAUUUUGGCACGACCGCUGGCGGCCGGAGCUGAUUGAUGGCUCUGGCAUCAUCGUCAUCAAGGAGAACCUCAGCACCACCGACGUCGACGUCUUUGACGAUGAGGACAGCAGUCUGGUGUCACCAGACGCGACGUUUCGGCGCAUCUUUGAGGAGGCCGGCAUCUCCCUUGUCAGGACGGACCUGCAGCGUGGGUUCCCAGAGGUGCCGCCAGUUACACUGCUUCCGGUCAGGAUGUACGCACUCAAGCCCUGA